AUGGCGCCGGAAACGCUCGUCACGAGCACUGCGAUCGCGGUUGGUCUCUCGACGCUGAUAUCGCUGCGCUGCGUCGGUCGCAAGCCCCUAUCCGCGGCUGCGCUGCUAGCCGCCGUCCACUGCGCCGACAUCGAGUUUUACCUGAGGAUGCUGGUGGUCGAGCUGCUCGCGGCCUGGCGGCGCCAGCGCGCCGACGUGGGAGAGCCCGAUCGCACGCGCUACUGCUGCUGGCCCACCGACCUGGACCACUCGGCGAGUAUGAACCACGCCAAAUACUUGCGGUUUGUCAAUUACGCACAGCGCCAGUUUUGGAUGCGCAACGGCGUGUGGGCGGUCUGCAGGAAGCGCUCGCCGCCGGUCAGGCUCGUCGUCGCCGCCUCGACGCUGCGCGUGACGCGGCCGGUCCGCUGCUUUGAGCGGUUCGCCGUGACCACCCGGCUGCUUGCGUGGGACGACCGCGCCUUCUUCCUGCAGCAGACCCCUAGAUGCAUGGCAGCGCACAGCAGGCCUGCUUCCGGAAGAAGAGGCACUGCCGCCUAG